UCAAUUUGCACAUAGAAUUUCCGAUUCCUGUGAUUUGCAUAACACAUGAAUUUCUGAUAUUUGUUUUUAUAUGUUCUACCAUUUUAAACUCUCCAUUGAUUUCAAAUUUAUAUAAGACAAUUUUUCUGGUUUCCACGGAACUAUAGAUCUAAAAAUUCAUGAAAUCUAAAACCAGCAUAGUCGGUCAGUUUUUGAAAUCUCGAUAUUGUAACCUCUUUAUAAAGAGAUCAGUUGCUCAGACGCAUGUUUCUGGCGUUGGAGUUAUCAAAAGAAAGCUUAUAAAAAGUUGCUGUCCAUCAAACUGUUACUGCUUAAAUAACCAAAGUAUUGCAACAUAUGUCAAACUUAACCAAUUACAGACUGAGAGUGAUAGUACAACUAUAAGUAAGAUUGAUAUGGAGGGUGGAUUUGAAGUUGACCUGGUCGAUGCAUUGAAGACAGUGGUUAAAGACAGUGGAUGGCAGAGUCUAGGUUCAGUAUCAGAUUUAAAGAAAAAUAAAUGUAAAAGGUUUUAUGCUGAAGAUGGAGAAGACGUAGUAUUGAUUUAUGUACCAGGGCAAAAUACAUUUUAUUGUAUGGAUGCAGCAUGUUCACAUGAAGGUGGACCACUGGAACAGGGUGACAUAGAAGACUUUGAUGGAGAACUGAAGAUUGUCUGUCCAUGGCAUAGUUAUGAUUUUGACUUGAAAACAGGAAUCUCAUCCUCUGGAUUACAUCAAGAAGUAUAUCAAGUAGAAGUCGUAGGAGACAAAGUGUAUGUGAAUUACCCUGAAGACUUACAUACAAAACCAAGUAAAGUUAGUCCUGUAUCUACUAGUAAGGGUAAUGAACCAAAGACAGCAGAAAGUAUGGAAGAUACAGACACACUUAGUUAUUGGGCUGUUAAGAUUCUCAACACAGGAGACCCUGAUGAAAAGAUCAGGUUAACAUUUGAUGUUGGUGAAAAAUGGCAAAAAAGGGAGAUAACUACACUUGGUCACAUGAUUCCACCUGACCAACCAAAACGUGCUGACCAGCUGAAUAUUGUAGCUCCUGGAAAAGAAAAGAGGAGAGGAAAAGGUGGAAGUCUGGCUAGCAGAAUAUCCAAUCUGCAUUCCCUAGCUAAUAUAGAACAGUGGGCUGUAGAUUUAUCGUGGGAUAUUGUUGUUAGGUUUGCCCAUGUGACUGUGAAUGGUCAACAGUUACCACAAGAAUUCUUUGAUGACUUUAUACAGGUGGCAAUAGAUGAGGCAAAGCACUAUGGUAUGAUAAGUACACGACUGAAAGCUCUUGGUAGUCAUUUUGGAGCUCUUCCUGUUCAUAAUGCGUUAUGGGAUUCUGCCACAGAUACUUCUGAUAGUUUACUAGCAAGACUUGCUAUAGUUCAUAUGGUAUAUGAAGCAAGGGGUCUAGAUGUACAACCAAAGACUCUAGAAAAGUUUGCUAAGAAUAACGAUCCAGAAUCUGUGAAAGUUUUAGAAGUUAUUUAUAGAGAUGAGAUCACACAUGUUGCAGCAGGUCUCAAAUGGUUUACUUACAUCUGUAAAAAAACUCAACCACCAUUGGACUGUAUACCAACAUUUCAUGAAUAUGUGAAGAAAUAUUUUAGAUCUUAUUUGAAGCCACCAUUUAACACAGAAGGAAGACAGACUGCAGGAAUGUAUGAAGAGUGGUACAUGCCUCUUGUGAAACCCAAAUGAUGAAUCUUAGUAGGAAUAAUCUGUGUCGAUAAUGAUCUGUAACUAGCUCCAUAGAAAAUGAAGAGAGCAUAAAGUGAAAUAUGUCAUAUUUGACUUAAAGAAAAAAAAAUUAUGAUCUUUUACUUAUGUUAACUUUUAUGGAAUUUUACCACUUGAAUCUUAUAUUUAUAGUGAUAUUUUAUAAGAAUAAAAGAUUACAAGGCAGAAAA